AUGACUGCUCAAUUGGCCCCAAAGUGGUACCCAGCUGAGGACAACGCUGUCCCAAAGAAGACCAGAAAGUCUGCUCAACCACAAAAGCUCAGAGCUUCCUUGGUUCCAGGUUCCGUCUUGAUCUUGUUGGCCGGUCGUUUCCGUGGUAAGAGAGUUGUUUACUUGAAGCACUUGGAGGACAACACCUUGUUGGUCUCUGGUCCAUUCAAGGUCAACGGUGUCCCAUUGAGACGUGUUAACGCCAGAUACGUUAUCGCCACUUCCACAAAGAUUGACGUUUCUUCCGUUGAUGUUUCCAAGUUUGACGUUGCUUACUUUGCCCGUGAGAAGUCUUCCAAGAAGUCCAAGUCUGAGGCUGAGUUCUUCGGUGAGGGUGCUCCAAAGAAGGAGAUCAAGGCUGAGCGUAUUGCUGACCAAAAGACCAUUGACGCUGCUUUGCUCACACAAAUCAAGAAGACUCCACUACUCCAACAAUACUUGGCUGCUACCUUCAGCCUCAAGUCUGGUGACAGACCACACCUCUUGAAGUUCUAAGUCUAAGAAAUGCUAGGGAUUUCAACACACCACUGUACACACUUGUAUAAUCUGUCGAGUAAUGAAUCAAUAUGGAAUUAUUCGUUUGUUAUACGGAUGAAAAGUUAAGAAAAUGAGAAUG